AUGGCAUCCAUGCCUUACAAAGACACUUGCAAUAUCAGUGUCCAGGAAAUGAAGCAGCAGGAGGGGUCCGCGAGCAGCAGGGUGAGGAGCUUUUCCGUUCGGGACUUGCUUCAGCUCCCCGACAACCCGGCCAAAGUGAGCGACCUGCAGCAGACUCUGGUGGACGACGGGGGCGGCGUCCUGGCCUCCUCCGAGAAGGUCCUGCCGCACCUCGACGACUGCAACCCCAUCCAGGCGGCGGCCGACUCCACCGAGAACACGAAUGUCGUCGAGGACGAGCCCGAGGAGGACAUGGAGGGCGUGGAGGUGUCCGACGAGCCCGAGGACGGCCAGGAGCACCACGGCCGCAAGCGCAAGCGGCGCAUCCUGUUCACCAAGUCCCAGACGUACGAGCUGGAGCGGCGGUUCCGCCAGCAGCGCUACCUGUCGGCGCCGGAGCGGGAGCACCUGGCCUCGCUCAUCAACCUCACGCCGACGCAGGUAAAAAUAUGGUUCCAGAAUCAUCGCUACAAGACCAAGAAGCUCUACCGCGAGAAAGGCCUUCCCUCCUCACUGGAGAACCCCUACGUGCCGACGUCGAACCCCCUAGGCUCGCUGCCGAGUGCGCUGCGACGCCUGACGGUGCCCCUCCUGGUGCGCGAGCGGCUGUCGUCGGUGACCAGCAGCAGCGGCCGGACAGACACCCUGCCCCACGAGACGACGAGCUCCCUGCUGGAGCCCCGACUGCCGCCGCCCCUGCACAUGGCGCCUUCGGUAGCUUUUCCGGGGCUGUUUUCUGGUUUGUUCGGGGCAUCCCAGGGCUUGCUCCCUCCGGCCCUCUCGCAGAACCCUCUCCCUCACGCCCUGGCAGCCUCCCUCACCUCCUCCCUGCUACUGCCGUCCCACCCGCUCUUCUCGACGGCCUCCUCGCUCUCCACGCCGCUUUCCCUCUUCUCCACACACCCCGCCAGCUCCACCGGCGUCGCCCCCAGCAUCGCCCCCGUCACCGUGCUGGAAGGGGGCAGUCGCUCGGCCUCGUCCUCGCCGGUGACGUCCCUCUCGCCGCCGCGGCCUCCUUCGCCCGUCACGAGUGCGUCCGCGGAGACCUCCGUCAGCGCCCCGGCCCAGGUGGCCUCCCGCUGGUGACCCCAGACGCCAGGGUAGAGCAGCCUGCGCGGAGACCUGAUUCGUCUAGCAUUUGUUGUUGUUGCGAAUACUCGACCAUGGCCGUUGGUGGUGAAAUGUGAACUGAUGCAUUUCACUGUGUGCCUUAGGUGUAUAGCGAAGUGUUUCAUGUGUCCCCCGAUGAGUGAUGAUUGUGAUAGUCAUUAGUUAUAUAGUUUAUGUAUAUUUAAAUGAAAAAAAUAUAUUCCCCUCCUCCCUUCUCGAUAGUUGGCGGAGUUUAAGCAGCUAACGUGCAGGUUCCUAGCGCGAAACUAGCACAUUUCUGCUUGAUACAGUGACGAUGGAGCAGGAGCCAAGGGGCAGUGCACGUCAGACACAGAAGUAAUCGAUACUAUUUUCGGGGCCUCUGACACGGCACCGUCAUAGUUGUUCUCACAAGGACUCUCAAUCCAUGACAAAAUAAGCACGUGAUGACAUAUCCUUGUGACUUUUAUCUGUUUUAACCCCCUUCGCCCCAGUGUUGUGUUCAGAAGGGUGGUGUUCGCUCCCGUCGGAAAGUGAACAACCAUCGGGGAGACAAAACGUCCCUUUGUGUCAAAUCCUCGAACAAAUACACACAAAAUAGCAUGAGUUUCUUGGGUUUAAACAUUUCGACGUCAGUGAUCAAGGGACGCGGAGGAGAAGGCGUUCUCCCAUCCGUGCUAGUGUCACUUACCCUAGGCUAGAGUGUUCAACUUUAUAUCACCGCACUUGGAACCUCCUUGCACUCCGCCCCCAACCCCUCUCGCCCGGACCCCCACUUCCCCCCUGCUUCGAACUGCCCCGAGAACAGAGAGAAAAAUACCACAGAUACUGGUGUAGACUCAAAACGCUGUUGCAGGAAGUGUAACGUAAUUAUAUUAACGUUAACUCGACACUCCUGCGGGUUAAUCUCUGUGACUUCGUGUCUCUUGUGUGUCGCGAGCAAUAGGAGGAAAAGAUAUUCUGUGAAUAUUAUAACUCCUUUGUUAGAUCUUGCCAUGCGACGGCAGAAAUGCGUGUCGAAUAUCAUGCAAAAAUUAGAAGAAGAAAAUAACAAGUCUGGCCGUUACUUUGAUCUUUAAAGCGUUAUGUAAAUAAUUUAUUUAAAAGUAAUGAAUAAUAAUGACGAU